AUGGCAAAAGAAUGUGGCAGCUCAGAACAUAGUGGCCAGGAAGCAGAGAAAUGGGAAGAGGCUGCAAGGAAGACAUUACAAAAAUUACCAAAGUAUAUUCUUUUAGAAAAUGUUAAAGGUUUUGAAAUGUCUUCUACCAGAGACAUGUUGAUACAAACAAUAGAAAAUUGUGGCUUUCAGUACCAAGAAUUUCUGUUAUCUCCAACCUCUCUUGGUAUUCCAAAUUCAAGGCUAAGGUAUUUCCUUAUUGCAAAGCUUCAGUCAGAGCCAUUACCUUUUCAAGCUCCUGGUCAGGUACUGAUGGAGUUUCCCAAAACUGAAUAUGAGUAUCCACAAAAAUGUGCAGUGGACGCAGAAAAUAAAAUUAAAAUAAAGGAAACAGAACCCAAUAUUUGCUUUGAUAGCAGUAUGGAAUGUUCUGGAAAAGAUGCCAUUCUUUUUAAACUUGAAACUGUAGAAGAAAUUAAAAGAAAACAUCAACAGGACAGUGAUCUCUCUGUGCAAAUGUUAAAAGAUUUUCUUGAAGAUGAUAUUGACAUCAGUCAGUACAUUUUACCCUCGAAGUCAUUGCUUCGAUAUGCUCUUUUAUUAGAUAUUGUUAAGCCCACUUGCAGAAGGUCCACAUGCUUUACCAAAGGUUAUGGAAGCUACAUAGAAGGGACAGGAUCUGUGUUACAGACGGCAGAGGAUGUGCAGAUUGAGAGUAUCUACAAAUCCCUUGGCAAUUUGCCACAAGAAGAAAAGAUAACAAAGUUGUCAAUGCUUAAACUGCGAUAUUUUACUCCUAAAGAAAUAGCAAAUCUCCUUGGAUUUCCUCCAGAGUUUGGAUUUCCUGAGAAGAUAACAGUGAAACAGUGUUACCGUCUACUUGGAAAUAGUCUCAAUGUGCAUGUAGUAGCUAAGCUGAUCAAAAUCCUUUGUAAAUAAUUUUGAAAUAGGACUGGGGAUAUGGCUCAAGCAGUAGCGCACUUGCCUGGCAUGCGUGCGGCCUGGGUUCGAUCCUCAGCACCACAUACAAAGAUGUUGUGUCUGCCGAAAACUAAAAAAUAAAAAUACUAAAAAAUAAAUAUUAAAAAAAAUUCUCUAAAAAAAAAAAUUUUUGAAAUAACUCUGGAAAAGGAUCAUGAUAUUCUUUCAUGCCCAGAUUAUAAUUCUUAAAUUCUAUUUUGAUGUAAUUUUGA